GAGUCUCGCUGACAGCGGAUUUGUUCCUGCAUUAGCCAAGUGUCGCAAGAUUGUGGGACAUUUUAAACACAGCCCGGCAAACUUAACGGAGCUGAAUGCAGAGCAGGUGAAACUCGGACAGCAGCAGGAGCCACUGAUCCAAGACGUUCCAACGCGGUGGAAUUCCACACUUGAAAUGGUCAAACGCAUCAUCCCCAAUCAAGCAGCAAUAAAAGCAACCCUGGAUCAACAGCAGCAUAAUCUCGUCAUGCUGACGCCAGCAGAAUGGGAUAAACUCCAGAGACUGGAGACCCUUCUAGAGCCCUGCCGGUAUGUGACUCAGAUCCUGGGUGGGGAGGCCUACGUCUCCUGCUCAGUGGUACUACCUGCCCUCUGCCACUUACACCGUGUAAUGGAAACUUCUGAUGAGGACCCUGCAUACAUGAUUAGAUUUAAGACCAAAUUCAAAGACGACCUAGGCUCCCGCCAAGAACACACCAACAAUGCAUGGCUCAAGAUUGCAACCGCACUGGACCCACGUUUUAAGGACUUGAAAAGUGUGCCCAAGGCAGACAGAGAGGAGGUGUGGACCAAACUUGGAGGCCUUCUGCGUGAAUCACCUGGAAGACCUUCACACACUACUGAAGAUGGGCCACCCAAGAAGAAAAUGAACCUUCUUCUACAGCUGGGCUCAGAUUCAGAAUCAGAUGAAGAGGUACAGCCUGACAGAGCCUUACACAGGUACAGAGCAGAGCCCACCAUUGAAAUGACGGACUGUCCCUUGCAGUGGUGGUCAUCUCAUGCAGGAGCCCAUGACAAGCUGGCUCCGUUGGCUCGGAAAUAUCUAGCCACUCCUGCAUCCUCAGUUCCCUGUGAAAGACUCUUCUCACUUGCCGGUCACAUUGUGCAAAAGAAGCGGUCAGCUUUACUCUCAGAAAAUGUGGACAAAUUGGUUUGCCUCAGUAACUGGCUAAAGGAUGAAUAGAGAAGCGGGCCACAUGUAAUUGUGUAGGCCAUGUUCUUUUGGUUUGAUAAAAAAGAGAAAUCUCUUU